UGUAUCUACGGCGCAUAGACUUCCCCCCACGAGGAAAAUUCAAGACCGCAUCAUUGUCAAGUUCGUACGCCGCGACAUACGAGAAGAAAUUUAUAAGAAGAGGAAAGUUUUAAAUGGAAAACUGACAGAUUGCCUGCCCUCAGUAAAUGCAGAAAUUGGCAAGAGUAUUUCUCAACCCACAAAAAUAUUCAUCAAUGAAUCUUUGACGGCUUACAGAAAGCGUCUCUUUGGAAAAAUCCACGACUAUCGUAGACAGCAUAACUAUAAAUUUAUAUGGACUGCAAACGGGAAAAUUCUCCUUCGCCAAACAGAAUCGUCGCCAGUUAACAGCUUUACAACAGAAGAAGAGUUUCAAAG